ACAUGAGUUACAAAUUCUAUCUUACUAGUAUCUGUCAAUCCAAUAGAUUUUUUAAGUCCCUAUUUCACUCAACCUACCAAACGGACUCUUAAGUCCGGUUGUUGAUUUUACUAAAUUGUCAAGAAGAACAAAAAAUUGUUUACGUUGAAAAUGCAUAUCAUCAUUUAUUUAUGAAAAUUUGCCCAAACCAACCCCAAACCUCAUCGGGAAAAAGAGUCCGAUACGCACAACCAAUUCGUCAUCUUCCUACUGAUGAACCGGCAGACGUUGAAGAUGAUGCGGGCGACGACAAUUUCUUCUUCAUUGAAUGUUGGUUAUGGCAUCGCCAGCAGACUCAGAGGUAUGUCGCCUGUGCCUUGUUUUCUUCAUAAAUCUACUCUCCUUCUAUUCUUCAACGUUUACUUGGCUCCGUUUCACUCUCGACCUUCUUAUCCAACCAAAUCUACAAACACCCAAUUGCGUCAGUUUGUCAAAGUAACUAAUCUUGAGGAUGCACUCCAUGUGUUCGACGAAAUGCUUCAAAUGCGUCCUCUGCCUUCCGUCGUCCGUUUCAAUCAAGUCUUGACUCAAGUCGCCAAGUUGAAACAUUAUUCGGCAGUCAUCUCGCUGAAUGACCAAAUGGAGCUGUCCGGAAUUCGUCCUGAUGUUUAUACUCUAAGCAUCAUCAUUAAUUGCUUUUCCCAUCUCAACCAAAUGGAAUUUGGUUUAUCUUUGUUGGGAAAAUUCUUCAAACUUGGUUUUGAACCGACUGUGGCGACCUUCUCCACUCUAAUCAAUGGAUUCCUUCUUCAGGAUAGAGAGGCUGAUGCUGUCGGGAUUCUGAAUAAGAUGGAGAGUGGUGAUUGUAAGCCAGAUGUGGUUACUUUCGGCACACUAGUAAAGGGCCUUUGCAUGAAGGGUAACAAUACUGGAGCUAUCCAAUUGCUUAAGAGGAUGGAAGAAGCAGUUUGCAAGCCUAAUCUAGUUGUCUACAACACGAUCAUCGACAGUCUUUGUAAGGAUACUAUGGUUGAUGAUGCGAUGAACCUCUUCUCUGAAAUGAUGAGUAAAGGUAUUAACCCCGAUGUCAUUACAUAUACUUCUUUGAUUCAUGGAGUAGGCAAAUUAUGGGGGUCAAAAGAAGCUACAAGAUUGUUUAAUGAAAUGGUGAGCAAAGGUAUGUUACCAAAUUUGCACACCUUCAAUGUCUUGGUAGACACCCAUUGUAAAGAGGGCUCGGUUGGGGAAGCAAAAAGCAUUGUUGAAUUGAUGACUCAAAGAGGUAUUGAGCCUGACACAGUUACUUAUAAUUCGCUCAUGGAUGGUUAUUGCUUGCGAGGGGAAAUGGACGAGGCAAAAAAGGUUUUGGAACUAAUGCUUAGCAAGGGAUCCAUUGUUGAUGCUUAUAGUUACAGCAUAUUGAUAAAUGGCUAUUGUAAGCAUAAAAGGAUAGAUGAGGCGGUGUUGCUUUUUGAGGAAAUUUCUAGUAGCGGAGUCAUUCUGAAUGUCGUUACUUACACCACUCUCAUGGACGGUUUUUGCAAAGUAGGGAGAACACAAGAUGCACAAAAGUUGUUCUCUCAGAUGCAAGCUUGCGGCCAUUUUCCAAAUGUUCAAACCUAUGCUGUUUUAUUGGGUGGCCUGUGUAAAAACCAACAAUUUCCCGAGGCAAUACAAUUGUUAAGAGAUAUGGAAAGUAAGAAGUUAAAGCCAAAUAUUGUGAUUUACGCUAUUCUAAUUGGAGGAUUGUGCAUUGGUGGGAAAGUUGAAACUGCAAGGGAUCUCUUUCGCAGUUUAUCAUCAAGAGGUCUUCAACCCAAUACCAGGACAUAUAACAAAAUGAUUGAUGGAUUUUGCAACGGAGGGCUAACAAACGAAGCGGUAAAAUUACUUAAAGAAAUGGACGCGAAAGGUUGUUCUCCAAAUGGUUGGACCUAUAACAUAAUCAUCCGAGGCUUUUUCAAUAACAAUGAGCCAUCAGAAGCCAUGGGACUUAUUCAACAAAUGGUGGGGAAGGGUUUUUCUGCAGAUGCGUCGACCACGGAAUUGAUAAUUGAUUUGUUGUCUAAAGAUAAAGUAGAUCCUGCUUUGUUGCCAUUGAUAGAAAGAUCGUAACGAAGUUAAUUUCUACCUUGUAAAGUUGAAACAGAUCCUUCUAAUGAUUAUUGUUAAUUUUGAAAGUGUAGCACCUUUCAAUCC